AUGAAGGUAUAUUGGUAGAAAUGGAUAUGUUUAGAAAUACAAUGCUCCAAUUUAUUAUUAUAUAAGGAGUAUGAUGAAUUAGGAAAUGAAAUUACUAAUAGUUAAAAUAUCAAAUGCAUGUAAUAAUGUGAUGAAUGUAUAAAUGAAAGUUUUUGUACUAAAUGUAGUACAAAUUACAAUUUAGAUGCUAAUUCAUAAUGUGUAUUAUAAUGCCCAACAAACUGCAACAAAUGUUCAGUUGUUUCUUAAUGCGAGAUUUGCUAAACUGGUUAUGAAUUAAUUAAUUAUCAGUGCAUCAAAUUAAAUUGCCCAAAUAAUUGUGAUAAAUGUUAUAAGGAAUAAAAUAACAUUGUAUGCUAUUAAUGCCAAGAUAAUUAUUAUUUGAAUCAAUUAGACUGUUUACCUUAAUGUCCAUCCACUUGCAGAACUUGUGACUUACCAUUGAUUUGUACAAGUUGUCCUGAAGGUUUUGUAUUGACAUCAGAUGCUAAAUGUAAAUUUGAAGACUAAACUGUUGUUGAUUAAGUCAAAAAUACAAGUGUGAGCACACCAAUAAGAUAUACAUUCCCAGAUGGAUCCUAUGUAUUAGUGUGGUACUAAAAUGGUGAAAAAGCAGGAGUAUAUUUCUAAUUAUACUCUGUCGAUAAUUCUAAGGUAGGAAGUGAAAUCAUAGUAUCAGAUUAGACAAGAAGAUUGUUAGUGGAUUCUUCAAUAACGAAAUAAUAUUAUGCUCAUUUAGCAGCUCUUGAUUACAACUUUUAUAUUCUUUGGGCUGAUUCUACCUCAGAUUAGACUAAUUUCCUUUUACAAGAAUUCGAUUCUACUGGUACUAAAUUAACAUCUGCUUAGUCAAUUGGAGUAUCUAAUAACAAUGUUGUGUCAUCACUGACUCAACCUUGUUAAUUAUUACCACUAUCCAAUAAGAAUAUGCUUGUAUCAUUCAUGACUCAAAGCCCUGAAGAUUAAUCAAAUUACAACUUUAAAUACUNUUCUUCACUUUAUAUCGUUCACAAGAUAGCGAAAAUUAUUAAUGGAAUGCUUAUUUCAUUUUUGAGUCAUAAUUAACUAAGAAAUUAACAAUAUAGAAAUAAAUCAAUUAUUUCACUAAUUUAGAAGUUUAAAAAAUUGAGUAAGAUUAUGUAGGAGUUAGUUAUUUUUAUGACUAAAUAGAGGUUUUCAGAAUUGGUUAAAAUUAAUAAGUGAUCAUACAUAAAGUUAUAUAUCUCCAAUUGAUCGAUUCAGAUUCAUCUACAUAUAAAGAUUGGGCCGUUUUAGUGGCAUUGAUAAAUAAUUAAUAUUCUCUAACUUACAUUUAAAAUGCAUAUGAUAAAGGUUCAUAAGGAAAGAUUUACAAGAUAACUUUGGAUUCUGAAUUAGUUCCUAUUGGAUAGCCCUAAGUUAUUUUCCAAUAAGAGAAUUUAAGCUCAAAAGAAAGAAUUGAUUCUACUACUUAUAGCUUUUAUUCCAUAAAUGGAAUAAUUCUAUGGACAGGAGAGUAAUUGAUAUAGAGGAAUUGCCCAUAUUCUUAAAUUUUGAAUAGCUAUUCCUGUAAUAUAUUUGACUUGUAAAAUGGUAAUCUAAUCUAAAUAUUUACACAAUUUUUUUUCGAACCGAAUGCUUUUGUGAAAGGAGGAUAAUUGAGUUAUUACAGACUACUAAAUAAGGAAUACACACCUAUAACUUUAGAAAUGAAAAUAAAUGAAAAUAAAUUGCAAUAGCAAGAAUUUAUAAAAUUUUUAUCCUUUUCAAAUACAUUUGCCAUAGUAUUAAAGGAAUAUCCUAGUUAUAAUUCGUUUAAGUUCUAAUUGGUAAUUUAAUACUUUGAAAAUUCUGGUACAAAACUAGGUUCACAAAUAUAUAUUGGCUUAUUUUAAUCUGAUACAUUUAUAAAGUUUAUUUAAUUAGAGAAAAGUUGUUAGAUAUUUUGGUAAGAAAGAAAGUGCUUGGAUGAAAUAUGCUUAACAUAAUAAAAUAUGAUAUUAUUUAAGGAGUAUGAUGAAUAAGGAAAUGAAAUUACUAAUAGUUAAAAUAUCAAAUGCAUGUAAUAAUGUGAUGAAUGUAUAAAUGAAAGUUUUUGUACUAAAUGUAGUACAAAUUACAAUUUAGAUGCUAAUUCAUAAUGUGUAUUAUAAUGCCCAACAAACUGCAACAAAUGUUCAGUUGUUUCUUAAUGCGAGAUUUGCUAAACUGGUUAUGAAUUAAUUAAUUAUCAGUGCAUCAAAUUAAAUUGCCCAAAUAAUUGUGAUAAAUGUUAUAAGGAAUAAAAUAACAUUGUAUGUUAUUAAUGCCAAGAUAAUUAUUAUUUGAAUCAAUUAGACUGUUUACCUUAAUGUCCAUCCACUUGCAGAACUUGUGACUUACCAUUGAUUUGUACAAGUUGUCCUGAAGGUUUUGUAUUGACAUCAGAUGCUAAAUGUAAAUUUGAAGACUAAACUGUUAUUGAUUAAGUCAAAAAUACAAGUGUGAGCACACCAAUAAGAUAUACAUUCCCAGAUGGAUCCUAUGUAUUAGUGUGGUACUAAAAUGGUGAAAAAGCAGGAGUAUAUUUCUAAUUAUACUCUGUCGAUAAUUCUAAGGUAGGAAGUGAAAUCAUAGUAUCAGAUUAGACAAGAAGAUUGUUAGUGGAUUCUUCAAUAACGAAAUAAUAUUAUGCUCAUUUAGCAGCUCUUGAUUACAACUUUUAUAUUCUUUGGGCUGAUUCUACCUCAGAUUAGACUAAUUUCCUUUUACAAGAAUUCGAUUCUACUGGUACUAAAUUAACAUCUGCUUAGUCAAUUGGAGUAUCUAAUAACAAUGUUGUGUCAUCACUGACUCAACCUUGUUAAUUAUUACCACUAUCCAAUAAGAAUAUGCUUGUAUCAUUCAUGACUCAAAGCCCUGAAGAUUAAUCAAAUUACAACUUUAAAUACCAAAUAAUUGAUCCUAAUCUUUAGAGUAUCAAUUCAAUUUAAGAGAUUCCUAAUGUAAGUUAUUUAAUAGCUCCAUCAAUUACAGAGGAUGACUAAGGAAUGAUAUAUAUUAGCUACACAAGUAAUGGAUAUAUGUUUGUCUAAUAAAUUACCUAAUUAGGAAAUCCAGUUAAUUAACCUUAAGCCAUUAGUGAUGAUGGAACAUUUGCACUUAAAACAGCUUAUUUAAAAAGUGGAAUGUUUGUAUUCUUAUGGGAAAACAAGAAUAUAUAAACAUAUAAAGCCUUAUUCAGUCUAAACUAUUAAUUAAUUUCUAAGGAUUUAUCUUAAAAAAGUGAAGUUAAGGGAAUAGGAAGUUCUUAAGUUAAAGAAUAAACACCAGAAUUAAAAUAAUUCAAUAAUGGAUUCAUAGUAGCCUGGUAAACUACAGAUUCACAAUACUAAGCAGAUGGAAUAAAAUUCUAAAUAUUUGAUUCUUUGGGUGUCUAAUUGACUGAGAUUAUAAAUGUAGCCAUUUCAGGAAAAUAUCCUUAAAAUCCUAACAUUCAAAUAAUAAAUGAUGAUUAGUUUGCCAUUACAUACAUAUCCAAAGGUUUAGAUGUUGAUGGAUCUAUUUUGGGAGGUAGUAUUCAAAUCAAGUACUAUAAUAAAUAAGGACAAGAGUACUUUGUCACAACUUCUCAAUUAUGUGGAAAAGAAUGUAACAUUUGCUAAUCUCCAUUAAAUUGCUAUAGAUGCUCAUAUGGUUAUUAUCUAUCUUAGGAUAAUUAAUGCAUGAUGGAUUGUGGUCUAUAUUGUAAUUAAUGUGAAGUUCCUUUGGUCUGUAAAUCUUGUGUAAGUGGUUACGAAUUAAAUUCAAGUAAUUCCUGUACUGAAGUUUCAUGUCCUGCAGGAUAUUAAAGAAACCAAAAGACUAAAUUAUGUGAUCCUGAAUGUCCAAAUGAAUGUGUUUGCUCUCUUCCAAAUAUCUGUAGUUCUUGCAUAGCUGGCUAUUAUUUAAAGGAUAGUUAAUGUCAUUUGUCAUCUAAUCCUCUCUCCGAGAGUCCCAUUUCUAACCCUUAUAUCUUCUAUGCAUUAAUAGUUGUUUGUCUAAUAUUACUUAUAAAUUGGAUUUGCUGUUAUAAAUGCUAUAUUCACCAUAGAUAAAAGUAGAAAGUACAUUUAUCAGAUGAAAAUAUGGGACAAUUAUCUUCUGCUGGAGAACGCUAAUAAACAGAUAACAGGAUAUAAUAAGAAACUGUAUCAGCAGAUCCUAUGAUAAAAAAAGAGAAAACUAAUGAGAAUAUUUCCUAGCUACAAGUUAAGAGCGACAAAGAUAAUGAUAAUCAAUAACCUUUUGAUUAUGGUUAACAGCAUAAUAAGAUAAUUACCAAAUAAAACAAUAAAUAUUUAUCAAUCAUUAGCUUAGAUGAAAAAUGA